AGUAAUUGAACAUUAAAAUAACUUCGAUAUAUCCUGGCUUUAAAAAGUCCAAAUGUUAGAUACUCCGAUAAGAUAUAUGUCUUGGGAAGUUCGAUAUAUUUAUUCUUUUUAUUGGUCUGUAACUACUAUGUGUACAGUUGGAUAUGGGGAUAUUUCACCAACAAAUCAAUACGAAGCACUUUUUGCAUCUAUAAAUAUGAUUUUAAUAAGUUGUGUAUUUGCCUACUCUAUUAAUAAUAUAGGGAUGAUUUUAUAAGAAAUCGAAAAGACUUCGAAGGAAUUAAAAGAUAAUUAAAAUACUAUAUAAAAUUAUCUAGAAAGAAAAAAAGUAAAUAAUGAAAUAAAAAGUCGAGUAAGACAUUACCUAUAAUUUCUAGCCGAGGAAUAAAAAAACAGAAAUAAAAAAUCAGAAGACGAAAUACUCUAAAAACUUUCAAAUGGACUACGAGAUGAAAUUACAAUGGAAAUAAAUUGCAAAAUUAUCAAUAGUUAUUAAAUAUUUGCAAGAAAUUUCAGUAUUAAAACUAUAAAUAGACUCGUUUUUGCUAUGAAAGAGGUUUUAACUCUUCCAAAUGAAGUUAUUUUAAGAGAAAAUGAAGUAGAUGAUAUGUCAAUAUAUUUUAUUUAUGAUGGAAUUAUAGAAAUAUAUUAUUAAAAUCAAAUAAAUGAUAAAAAAGAAAUUAUUAUUAAAAAAUUAUAAUCAAACAACUUUUUUGGGGAACUAUCUUUUUUCUCAGGACUUUCUAGAAAAGCCUCAGCAAGAUCAGUAAAUUUAUCAACUUUAUAUAAAAUAGAAAGAAAAGAAUUUUUAGAUAUUUUAAAUUAAAAUUAAGAAGAUUUUUAAAGACUUAAAAUGAUCUAAGAAUAAAUUAUUUUUCAAUAAGACUAUAGUUUUAUAACUACAGAUUGUUAUGUUUGUGGAAAACUUAAUCAUUUGGCUUUUUAAUGUCCGAAUGUGCAUUAACUUUUUGACGAUUAAUUUCUAAUUUUGAGGGAAAAGUUUUCUAUUUUCCAAUAAAGGAAAAUCAAAUAAAGACAAACUAAAAAUAAGCAAUGUGCUAUGUAAAAUAAUAUUAAUAUUUAAUUAUUUUUUUAUAAAAAAAAAAAAAAAAAAAGUAAAAUUAAAUAUUAAUAUUUUUAUAUUAUUAAUUUUUUUUAUAAAAAAAAAUGUAAAAAUAAGAUAUUAGUAUUUCUUUUUUUAUAUGAAAAAAAUAUAAAUUAAUAUUAAUAUUUAAUUAAAAUGUAAAAUAAUAUUAAUAUUAAAUUUGUUUUUUUUUAUAUAAAAAAUUUAAAAUAAAAUAUUAAUAUUUAAUUAAAAUAUAAAAUAAUAUUAAUAUUUAAUUCCUUAUUUUAUAUAAAAAAAAUUUUAAAUAAUAUUAAUAUUUAAUUGUUUUUUUUAUAUAAAAAAAAUACAAAUUAAUAUUAAUAUUUAAUUAAAUGUAAAAUAAUAUUAUCAUUUUAUUAAAAUAUUAAUAAUAUCAAUAUUUAAUUUCUUUUUUUUAUAUAAAAAAAUAUAAAAUAAUAAUAAUAUUUAAUUAAAAUGUAAAAAUGUAAAAUAAUAUUAAUAUUAAAUUACCUUUUAAUAUAAAAAUUUUAAAAUAAAAUAUUAAUAUCUAAUUAAAAUGUAAAUAAUAUUAAUAUUUAAUUUCUUUUUUUUUAUAUAAAAAAUUUAAAAUAAAAUAUUAAUAUUUAAUUAAAAUGUAAAAUAAUAUUAAUAUUUAAUUUCUUUUUUUAUAUAAAAAAAAUGUUAAAUAAUAUUAAUAAUUAAUUAAAAUGUAAAAUAAAACUAAUAAUAUUUAAAUAAAAUGUAAAAAUGUAAAAUAACAUUAAUAUUAAAUUCCUCUUUUUUUUAAAAAAAAAUAAUGUAAAAUAAUAUUAAUAUUUAAUCAUUUUUUAUAUAAAAAAAAAUGUAUAUUAAUAUUAGUUUUUUUUUUUUUAUAAAAAAUAAAAUAUUAGUAUUUAAUUAUUUUUUAUAUAUAAAAAAAAGAAUAUCAGCUUCUAAAAAUAAAUUAAUUUAAUAAAAACUAUAAUACAAUCUUUUCUAAGAAGAAGAUAACUAUUUCACUUUUUUUGA